AUGCCGUCCUUUUUUCGCAAGCGCGGCGAGCCCGAGGAGAUCACGCCGUACCCCGCCCUGGAAGACGAUGCCGAGGCCACCGGUAUUGAGCCCUUGAAGGCUCUGGCUCAGUUCGAGAAGGCGCACAAGCUCGACCCGAAUAUGCCAAUCGACGAGCUCAACGAUGUCGACACAGCACUCGCCACGGGGAACGCCGAGAAGGGACUCGAGAUCGAGCAGGCUCUUAUGGAGGACAACUCGCCCUAUCCCGAGGUACGUGAGAAGGAGGUCUCUGCGCGCAGAACAUGGGACGAAAAAGCGCAGAAGGAGGCCAGGGCGAUGGUAAGAAAUUAUGAUGUCGAUUUGCCUGCCAACACGAUCCGCGCCUGGGUCAUUGGCUUGUUGCUCUGCACUGUCGGCUCCGGUGUCAACAUGCUGUUUUCGCUUCGAAACCCCAGCGUCACAAUCACGACAUACGUCGUCCAGCUUAUUGCGUACCCCAUCGGCAAGGGCUGGGAUUUGGUUAUGCCUGAUAAGGAACAAAAUGUCUUCGGUAUCAAGUUCAACCUCAGGCCCGGAAAAUUCAACUACAAGGAGCACGUUAUCAUUGUUGCUAUGUCUAAUCCAAGCUCUGAGAUCUCAGGCGCCAAGGAGAUGCAACGGCUGUACACAUUUCAUGACAGUGCUAAUACGAUCGCACAGGCUGCGUAUGGAGGCGGUGUCUUGUACGCGACCGAUGUCCUGCUUGCCCAGCAACUCUUCUACAAGCAGCACUUCGGUUGGGCAUUCCAGCUGCUUUUCGGCGUCACCACACUCUGCACUGGUUAUGGCCUCGCUGGCUUGGCCCGACGUUUCCUUGUUUGGCCUGCGGCCAUGAUUUGGCCCUCAAACUUGGUCAAUUGCGCGCUGUUCUACACGCUUCACGAUCACUCUGGAUCCGACCCCUCUAAGACAAACGGUUGGAAGAUCGGCCGCUACCGCUGGUUCCUUAUCGUCGGUAGCGGUGCUUUCAUCUGGUACUGGUUCCCCGGUUGGAUCUUCCAGGGUCUCUCGUAUUUUACGUGGAUUUGCUGGAUUGCGCCCGAGAAUGUGAUCGUCAACAAGGUCUUUGGUGGUUUGUCGGGCUAUGGUCUGAUGCCCAUCUCCUUCGAUUGGACGGUCAUCUCAGGCUACUUGACCUCGCCUCUGAUUCCGCCAUUCCACGCCAUUGCCAACGUCAUUGCCGGUAUCAUCAUCUUUUUCGUCAUCAUCUCCUCCGGCAUCCACUUCUCCGGCACAUGGUACGCCGACUACUUCCCGGUCCAGAGCUCCGAGUCGUUCGAUAACACGGGCGCCGUCUACAAUGUGUCUCGCAUUCUCGACGCCAACUUCCAGUUCAAUGAGACUGCAUACAACGCUUACUCGCCGCUCUACCUGCCUACCCAAUUCGCUCUCGCGUACGCCUUGUCCUUCGCUGCCGUAGCUGCAGUCGUCGUUCACGUUGUGCUUUACCACGGCACAGAGAUCUGGAGUCAGUUCAAGUUGGCCCGUCACCAGGAGGAUGAUGUACACAUGCGCUUGAUGAAGAAGUACCGCGAUGCUGAAGACUGGUGGUACCUUGCUCUCUUCGUUGUCAUGGUCGCCAUGUCGUUCGGCGUCGUUGCGGGCUGGCCCACAGGCUUCCCUGCUUGGGCAUACGUCGUCUGCAUUCUGAUUCCCGUUUUCUGGCUUAUCCCCAUCGGCAUCGUGCAGGCCAUCACGAACAUCCAGCUAGGUCUCAACGUUCUGACUGAAUUCAUCAUUGGUUACAUGGUGCCCGGCCGACCUCUCGCCAUGAUGAUGUUCAAGAACUACGGAUACAUCUGCAUGUCGCAGGCGCUCUACUUUGCGCAGGAUCUCAAGCUCGGCCACUACAUGAAGGUUCCUCCUCGCACCAUGUUUGCAUCCCAGCUUAUCGCCUCGCUGUGGUCUGCUGUGGUCCAGAUUGCUGUGAUGAACUGGGCCCUAGGCGCCAUUCCCGAUGUUUGCCAGCCCGAUCAGCCCAGCAACUACACCUGCCCCGGCGGUCGCGUAUUCUUCACGGCUUCGAUUAUCUGGGGUGCAAUUGGACCUGCUCGAAUCUUCUCCGGCAAUGCUCUUUACUCGUCCCUCCAGUGGUUUUGGCUUGUUGGUGCCAUCACCCCUGUCAUCACCUGGUUCCUUGCCCGCAAGUGGCCCAAGAGCAUCUGGCGCUACGUCAACACGCCCCUUCUGUACGGUGGCUCCGGUUGGUUGCCGCCCGCCAGUGUCUACAUCUACCUCUGCUGGGCCACCGUCGGCACAAUCUUCAACUUCUUCAUCAAGCGCAGAUACACUGGCUGGUGGCUUCAGUACAACUACAUCACUUCGGCAGCCUUGGACUGUGGCCUGAUUGUGGCAACGCUGAUCAUCUUCUUCACGCUGUACCUGACAUCUGCCAGGCCGCCUCAAUGGUGGGGCAACGUUCAGGUCUUUGAGACGAUGGACUGGAGAGGCGAUGCCAUCAAAACGCACGUCUCAGGCAGUGAGAAGAUUGGGUCCAGCACCUGGCCUUGA